AUGACCUUGUACUUCCACUAAGGGCUGCGAUUGUUUCCUGAAGUAUUUUUACUAGCUCGUUAGAAAAGUAUAUUUGUGUACUAUUUCCACUGAAUAAGAGCAGUGUUUAUCGGAGUGUCGUGAGUAAAAGUAAAUACAGCGCGGUCAUGUCGCAGUGUGUGGCGCUGCAGACGCGCUUAGCCUCCGUGUUACAGGCUUUAAUUCACACAGUUGUGGCGGAAAUGUGCAAACUGCUCCAGGAAAGAUCCGAGUUCAUUUUAAACCUCCAGCUUUCUCAGCAACAAAGUGAAAAACAGAAGCUAAAAGAACUGAUUCAGACGGAAACCGAGCAGAAGAUGAAACAGUUUGCAUCAGUCAUGGAGAUCUUGGGCAACGAGGCUCUGGGUAAAAUCAUCAAACUUGUAGAUGAGAACAAGUUCCUGUUGGAUAUGGAGUGCAAAACAUUCUCAGGGAAGAGAGCAAAACGUCCGGGAAGCAUUCUGAACAUUCUGUCAGCCGACGGGCCGGAAGAGGAACAUUCCUAUGACGGCCGUGGGAGAAACUCUGAGGCACGAGCAAGAUGCGAGGCUGCAGACACAGUGGAACCUCAGCGUCCUGAAUCUCCUCUCACGCUUGCUGUGACGAUUAAAGAUGAGCUCGGAAACAUCGACCUGAAGUCCAUCAUCGCAGAUCACCUAGACGUGCCGUCAGAGGAAGUGAGAACACACGCAGAGGACAGUGAGGGUCAUCAGGAAGCCGGUAGCUUUGGGGGAAAUUCUUUUAUUUGUGCUGAGUGUGGGAGAACGUUUCUGUCCAUGAGCCGCCUCAGGUCACACCAGCAGGUUCACAGUGGAGAGAAACCGUUCAGCUGCAUGCUCUGUGGAAAAGCCUUCGCUCACAAGCAGAGCCUGGCAGAUCACCAUCGCGUUCACACAGCGGAAAAAUCCUUCAGCUGCAAAGACUGCGGCAAAUGCUUCGGGAAGGCCGCGCACCUCAGGACACACGCGGCCGUCCACAGCGGAGAGAAGCCCUUCGGCUGCGACGUGUGUGGCAAGAAGUUCAGCAUCUCGCAGAACCUGACCCGGCACCAGCACACACACACAGGCCAGAAGAACUUCCCAUGUUCCAUCUGUGGUAAGAGCUUCACCCGAGCGAAGACCCUCAUCACGCACCAGCUCAUCCACACGGGACAGAAACCGCACUCUUGCAUGGAAUGUGGACGAGCCUUCAGGCACCUAGUGAACCUGCGCAACCACGAGCGCAUUCACACGGACUUGCGGCCGUACUCCUGCGACCUGUGCGGGAAGACGUUCCGCCACACGGUGAACCUCAAGAUCCAUAAGCGCAUUCACACCGGGGAGAAGCCGUUCACGUGCAAAGAGUGUGGCAAGAGCUUCAGCCAGCAGAGCAGCCUCGUCUCUCACAGCCGCACGCAUUCGGACCUGAAACCGUUCGGCUGUAGCUACUGCAGCAAGCGCUUCAACAACACCAACAGUCUGAAGCUGCACGAGCGCACUCACACGGGCGAGAAGCCAUACAGCUGCGAGUUCUGCGGGAAAUGCUUCAGUCAGGGCAGUCACCUACGCACGCACAAACGCCACAUCCACGGAGGAGGCAAACAGUACAUAUGCGACAAGUGCGGAAAGCGCUACUCCGACCCGCGCAAUCUCAAAAUGCACAAGUGCGUGUACGCUUCAGCGUAGUCACUGUCAUCGGUUCUGCUUUUCUCUUAAAUACCACACAGUUGCAAAAGUAGGAUAAAAGAGCUGAUUGUUGCUGUUUUGUUAACUUCCACCAUGUUGUGGUGUUACAUAUUGCACUAGUGCUGAUAGUAUUAAUAUUUAUAUUACUAAUAUUUUGGCUGUCUGUAAAUACAUGUAUAAAAUAUUUCAAUGUUAUAUCAAAUAAUUUAUAUUGUUUAGUAAACAGGUAUGAUUAGGUAUGAAAAGGAGCAGCACAUCUCCCCACUGUGUUUUACGAAACCUUGUAAAGGGUCUGGAGAUGCUGCUUUAUAUUUAGGUCACUUUCGCACACAUGCUGUUCGAUUUCUUUUUUAAUUUUAGAAUAAAUAAAUUAAAUAAAUAUGAAGAUGAUGUACUGCUGUGCUUUUGUGUAUCAGAUACAGUGUGCCCUUAUCAGGACUGAUAUUGACCUAAAAUACUGGAUCAGAUUUGACGUUAUUUGUUUCCUCCAUUCGCAUGCACUGACAUUUGAAUGUGAGUAUUUCAGCAGACAGAUCAGAAUACUCAAAUCCUGUAGAGCUCAUACACUUUUCUGACCCUGUGU